GCCGAAGCUCCAGGUGAGCCAGCCGAAAUCUGCGUUUGCAGAGGGCAAUGCUCGCUGGACAAACCGCGAUCUCGACCCUAUCCCUCGACAGAUGCGGAAAUGGGGAGCAAUGAGCUUCAUCGCGUACUGGAUUUCCGAUGCCUUCAACGUCGCCACAUGGGAGUUCGCCAGCAGCAUCAUCGCGGUUGGACUCUCGUAUCGCGAAACGCUAGUCAUCGUGGCGAUCUCCUUCUUCAUCAUCUCCUUUGUGAUCUCCGGCAACGGCGCGGUGGGCGCCAUCUACCAUGUUCCGUUCCCCGUCAUCGCUCGUGCCAGCUGGGGGUUCUGGGGGUCGUACAUCCCGAUUAUAUCACGGGUGAUCCUGGCGACUUUCUGGUUUGCGAUACAGAACGUCAACGGGGGCAAUGCCGUGGAGGUGAUGAUCGGAGCGAUCUGGCCCAGUUUCCUGAAGCUACACAACGCCAUCCCGACCAGCCAGGGUAUCACGACCAGCGGGAUGGUGUCGUACUUCAUCUUCUGGCUCUUCCAGCUUCCGUUCCUGUGUGUUCAUCCGAAUAAAUUACGCUGGCUGUUCAUGGCCAAGUCUAUCAUCGUGCCCAUUGCCUGGAUCGCCGUCCUGAUCUGGGCUUUUGUCUCUGAGGGAGGCGGCGCCAUCUUCGACGAGAAGACCACCAUCAAGGGAUCUGCCUUCAGCUGGGCCUUCCUGGCCAACAUGACUUCGGUGUUUGGAAACUAUGCCACUCUGAGCGUGAAUCAGUCUGAUUUCUCACGGUACUCGCGUGUCAGCCCCCGCUGGCAACUUCUCUAUGUGCCCAUGCUCCCCAUCAUCUUCACCUUCAUCUGCUUCGUCGGCGUCGCCGCCUCAUCCGCAGGUCAAGCACGGUACCAUCUCGCCUCGAUCCCGUGGGACCCGACGGUACUCAUCAGCUACUGGUCCAGCCGGGCGUGUCGGUUCUUCGUAGCAGCGUCCUUUGUGCUCGCCUCGCUGGGCGUCAACAUCUCGGCCAACUCGCUCUCGGCAGCCAACGACUUCACGGCCCUCGCGCCACGGUACAUCAACAUCCGGCGCGGACAGAUUCUGUGCGCGCUGCUCUCGUGGUGUCUGGUACCCUGGAAAAUCCUGGAGUCGGCGGGCAGCUUUCUGAACUUCAUGUCUGCGUACGCCAUCUUCCUGGCGCCCAUCGCGGCGAUCAUGAUGUGGGACUUUUGGAUCGUCAAGCAGCGCCGCUAUGACUGCCUUGCCCUCUACCAGCCCUGGAGCCGGUACCAGUACGCGUACGGGGUCAACUGGCGCGCGCUGGUGGCUUUCGUCGUCGCUGUGGCGCCUUCUCUGCCGGGCCUUAUCAACUCCGUGAACAGCUCGAUCGAUGUCGGGGUGGGGGUCCGACCCUACGACUUCGGCUGGCUACUGGGCUUCGUCGUUGGCAGUCUCGUCUACGUCGGGCUGUCGAAGCUGUUUCCCAACCGGGACACGCUGAUCGAGCGUGGGGUCCUCCCAGAUGAAAUUUAUGAGGCGCGGGCAGCAGUGAUUGACGGGGUGGAUGCACCGCCGCCACCCCUAGUCUCGAGUGACGAGGAAAAGGGCCGUCAAUCAGAUGCCAUGGAGACCGAUGAGAUGCCAGAGAAGAAGGGAUUCUGGAAGAUAAUGAAGAGUGUGGAGAAAUAUAUAUAGUGUCAAAAUGCCCAUAGUGUUGACCUAUGCAGAAUAAUCGUUAUAUAAUAUCGGGUAUCAGGAAACAAGAAGAUUAUAUUGUCUAUAGCCUAGUGUGUGUAAGGAGUUUCGCGGUAUGUUUGCUGAGGAAUCAUGGUAUCU